UAACCUCACUAUUUCCACAAAGUUUAUUUAUUAAAAACAAAUAAUUUUAAUGAAAACAAAAUGCAUAGACGCGUGGUUGUGACCGGCAUCGGUGUGUUGUCGCCGGUCGGCGCGAACCUAAAAGAAUCAUGGAAGAACAUAAUAAACGGCAAGAGCGGUAUCACCAAACUGUUGGGCCCCGAAUACGAACACCUCCCUUGCAAAGUUGCCGGCUUCGUCAAAACCGACGGAGCGAAAUUCGACAUCGCUGCCCGUUUCUCACCGUCCGAACUGAAAUCAAUGGGCCCAGCAACCGCUUUCGCCCUCCUGGCAGCCGAAGAAGCCCUAACCGAUGCCGGAUUAACACAAGCCUCGGAAGAAACCCGUAAUAACAUCGGUGUGGCUGUGGGCAUGGGUAUGGUGGAUUUGCAGGACAUUUGCAAGACCUACGACGCCUUGAAAAAGGGUUAUCACCAGGUCAGUCCCUUUUUUGUGCCCAGGAUAUUACCGAACAUGGCGGCAGGACAGAUCAGCAUAAAGUACGGAUUCAGGGGACCAAACCACGCGGUGUCGACGGCCUGUGCGACGGGAGCGCAUGCAAUCGGUGACUCGUUCAGAUUUGUAAGAAAUGGAGAUGCUGAUGUUAUGAUUUGUGGUGGUACUGAGUCGUGUAUUUCCCCGUUAGCCAUCGCCGGAUUUUGUAGGCUUAGAGCUUUAAGUACACACUUCAAUGAAGAGCCUGAAAAAGCAUCCAGGCCAUUUGAUAAUAAAAGAGAUGGUUUUGUAAUGGGUGAAGGUAGCUCGAUUUUAGUGUUGGAGGAACUUGAACAUGCUCUAAACAGACAAGCAAACAUUUAUGCGGAAAUUCUAGGCUAUGGUCUCUCUGGAGAUGCCUCUCAUUUAACAGCACCAAGGUCAGAUGGUACUGGAGCACAUUUAGCCAUGUCGAGGGCAGUGAAGGACGCAAAGGUGGACGUAAGUGACAUUUCUUAUGUAAACGCACACGCAACUUCCACCCCGAUAGGAGACGCGAUAGAAGUCAAAGCAAUAAGUCAAUUGUUUGGCGACAGAGUGAAAAAUAUAGCAAUAUCUUCAACCAAAGGUGCACAUGGACAUUUAUUAGGGGCGGCUGGUAAUUUAGAGGCUGUUUUCACAAUUAAAGCUGUGCAAGAAGGUAUUUUGCCUCCUACAAUUAAUCACGAGGCUGUCGACUUAAAAGACAUAAAUUUUGUUCCUAAUAAUAAUCAGAAGUGGAAUGACAAUGGCAAGAGAAGGAUAGCCCUUAAAAACGCCUUCGGAUUUGGAGGAACUAAUGCUUGUUUGUGUAUAGCUGAAUAUCAAGGCUGAAAAUUUAUUUUUUCAUCUUUUUUAUAUAAUUGUUUAAGUAAUAAAGUGUUGUUUUUUAUAA